CUAGUAUCCACUGCUGCGGCAAUCGCUUUAGAUGCAUUUAUUUAGCUUAUCUCUCAGAGGUACAUAAUUUUUUGUUGAUAUUUUUAAUAAUAUUUAAGAUAUAUAGAAGUUGAUAGAGCAUGCUUACAUGAUUCAUAAUAUAAGAAAAGAAACUGAUAAAAUUGAGAGAGAUUUUCCAGAUUUUCAGUUUAAAAUUUAAGCUAAUAGUGAUAAAUUACCGAUGUCGAUUUACGAUAUCGAAGUACAAAUUCAUAGUAAUACAACCAACGUCAUAGAAAAUAACAAAGAAGAGAAGACAUUUAAAAAUGCUUUGCCUCAAGUUUUGGCCACAUCAGCAAAAAACUUUUUACUUCUUACUUAUGGAAUGACAUUAGGACUACCUACCAUAGCGAUUCCCGCAUUGUAUUCCGACAAAGGAUUAAAUACCAUUAGUGAGAAAUUUAGUGAUACUCUACAGCUGUCUCGAGAGCAAAUAUCAUGGUUUAGCAGCAUAAAUCUAAUAUGUGUACCACUUGGUUGUUUGAUGUCAGGAACUUUAACGCAACCAUUUGGACGAAAACGAAGCAUGGUCAUGCUCAACUUACCAUUUAUUGUAGCGUGGCUAUUAUUUCAUAAUGCUUCCACUGUUUUGGAAUUGUACUUAGCUUUAGGUUUAUGUGGUCUGUGCGGUGGAUUAUUGGAAGCUCCAGUACUAACAUAUGUCGCUGAAAUAACUCAACCACAUCUUAGAGGAGUACUUUCAGCAUCAUCAUCCACAACAGUCAUACUUGGAAUUAUGUCUCAAUUCAUUUUGGGUAAUUUUUUCAAUUGGAGAGAAGUAGCUUUAAUUGACACUUUUGUACCUAUAGGAGCUUUAAUAUCACUGUUAUUCAUACCAGAAAGUCCACAUUGGCUCAUAAGUAGAGGUAGAAUUGCAGAUGCUGAAAAAUCAUUGUGUUGGCUUCGUGGUUGGGUAAAACCAGAUAAAGUGCAAUUAGAGUUAUCUGCUAUAAAAAAAUCUAUAGCAUCCAAUUUAGAACAAAUCAAAAUGAAAAAAAACAAAACUUUUUAUUCAUUUUAUGUAAAAAGGACAUUUUUACUACCGUACUUUAUAAUCACAGCAGCAUUCUUUUUUGGACACUUCGGAGGAAUGACUACUUUGCAGACUAAUGCUGUUAAUAUUUUUGAAUCAUUAGGUUCUCCAAUAAGUGGAUAUGCUUCAACAUUAAUUCUUGGAAUGGCACAACUUAUGGGGGCACUUUUAUGUGUUACAUUAAUACACUGGACAGGUAAACGUCCAUUAGCAAUGGUUUCCACACUUGGGACGUCUUUUUGUUUUUUUAUUGUAUCAGGCUAUGCGUAUACUAGACAGUACAAUAUUGAAGCUACUAACAAUACAACUUGGAUACCAAUCGUAUUUUUAAAUAUGGCAUCAUUUUUUUCUCAUAUUUCGAUCAGGUUACUUCCAUGGAUGCUCAUUGGAGAAGUUUAUCCACCGAAUAUUCGUGGACAAGCUAGUGGUGCAAGUGGUUCAAGUUCCUAUAUAUUUGCAUUUAUUGCAAACAAAUCUUUUUUUGUCGUUUUAGACCACAUUCAAUUGUUUGGAACGUUUCUAAUGUAUGCUAUAGUCAGUAUAAUAGGAUGCAUAGUGUUGUACAAAUUGAUGCCUGAAACUGAAGGAAUAUCAUUAGAAGAUAUACAAAACCAUUUCGCUAAUAAAUCAAAGACAUUUGUUACAAAAAUUUCAAGAAAUGAAAAAAAAGAAAUGAUUGAGAAAUGGGCAGCUGAUAAUCCUGUCUAUAAAAUUGAUCAAACUGAAUCUCAUUUUUAAUAAAAAAUAAUAAUCAACCUACUUGACAAUGAAAAUAAAGAUUUUUCUUUUAACUUUUUAAAAAUAGUCAAUAUAUUUUAAUAAAUUAAAAACAAAAAGUAGUUUUUUUUUUGUAUAGCUUAGUGGCUUAGAUAGGGGACUUUUUAAAAAUAUACUUGGACUUUGAAUUCUACUUUCAUUAGCUCGAGCUAUUGAUGUGCGCUGGUCAUGUUUAGAGGGAUCAGUGAUCACAAAACAUGACUUGUGCACUUUAGUUCAAUUUUUUUAAAAUCAUUUUCAACAUAAAAUUUUGUUUCAAUACAUAAGUAUAAAAAAUUACUCAAAAAAACUAUUAUUUAAAUGAAAUUAUAAGUUAAUAAGAGUUCAAAAUAAUUCAAUGCAUGUUAUAGCUUUA